AUGGCUGAUACACAGGACGUGGAGAUCCUGGUUCACAUUGCGGCUCCUAGUACCGCUCUGGAUGAUGCCAGGUACAGAUCACUGGCGUCGGCAUAUGUAAACUUCUCUCCUCACAAGCGCCGCAAACUGACCGAGCCGGUCACUGGUGACCCGAACCAUGAGCCAAGUAGCCCGGUCCCGGUCUCCGAGGACGUGAGGACUUCCGGCGAUAGCCGUCCCGAGGGACCGCAGGGUACUCAAGUCUCUGUUGGACCGUUGCCGUCGUUGAGAUCACCGCUGGCCUCCUUUAGGAGCGUGCUCGACAACGCGGACUCACCGCUUCGGAUUGGCAAGGAAAAGUUUAAUACGACAAAUGCUCCGAGAUUCGCGAGCCAGGGCGUCGCAACAUCUCAAUCAUCAUGGAAGACUCCGCCCAGCGUGGUACAAGACUCUGUACCAGACAAUGAUGCCACAGCGGCCAUGCUUACAACCCCAACACGGGUACUGGAGCACUAUCUGCAGAACUUCCAUAGCCCUUCGCAGGCAUCAUUGGCAACAUCGCGGCCUAGGAGUACGCCUCAAAAGAUACAAGGAAGUCAGAAGACUGCUUCGCAAGUUGGGUCCUCAGACAAAAGCAGUCAGUCUCGUGGUCUCCCUACGAUACCAUGCACACCUGGGAAUAGGCCGCCGCCGGUGUCAUCAACAGAACUUGGGAAGCCAUCGACAAAGGACCCAAUGAGUCAAGACCCACAUAGGUCUUCUGAGACUCCACUGGACGCAGACGAAGAGCUCGUUGAAGAUACAGUCAUAUACGCCCCCGAAACACCACCUCCCCCAGCCAGGGCCGACUCGGAACCGCCACCAAGCAGGCGCUCACGGGCCGACGAAUCGCACGCCAGCCCGAACGCCCUGCUGAGGACGUCCAGCGACAUCGGGCCGCAGAAGCUCGCGGACGAGGCCCGGAGGGCCAUCACGUUCCUACCGGCGCACGGGUACCAGCACGGCAGCCUGGAGCUGCGGGCGCCGGAGCCGGCCGUGGGCUGCGGGGCCGUGGCGGCUGAGGACCUGGUGACGCGCGGGCUGGCCAAGCUGGCGGCGGACCUGUCGAUCGCCCAGCGGUUCCGGCCGGCGGCGGCGACGCGCGAGCUGCGGCCGUUCGAGCGCGGGUUCUGGCGCGUCGCCUGCGCCGACUGGGCGCCCGAGCUGCGCGCCGAGACCUGGGCCUUCCUCGCCAACUACGUCGGCUCCGGGGCCGCCGGCUGGGGCGUCUCGUGCCGCCGCGACGAGCCCUUCGCGGCCCUGCGCGUGUACUGCUGGGGCGCCGUCGCCGCCCACAUCUACCUGCUGGUCUACCUGGCCAGCCGGCGCAGGGUUCUGUUCACGGGCGCGGAGUGGGUGGAUGGCGACGGCGAGACGGUCAUCACCAUGGGCAAGCGUGCGGGCGUUUGGCGUAGAGCAUGA